UUUGUUCCCCGAGCAAGCCAAAGGGCUCUGUUAAGACGCUGUGGGUAAAUGCCAGCCGACUAGCUGCCUGGGUUGCCCCAUUAAUGAUGCCACUCCUUCAGGCCAGCGCAUGCGGUAUUGGGGAGCAACUUUAUAAUCAAGUCAGCUGAAUACUUUGUAUGGUACAGCGGCAAAUUAUAGGAGUGGCAACCAACACAUACGUGCGCUCGCAGCGGCGUUGGAUUCUGCGACAAGGAUGGGAAUCGCCUGCCCGAAAGCGCCAAGCAUAUCACUAACGAACAGACCAAAACCAGGCUUGCCACUUUGGACCAGGCCAGCCGUAGAUACCAAGCGACUCUCGCCCCUGCGCGCCAUCCCAUGCAAUACUCCUGCUGCUGCUGCUGCUGCUGAGUCGCUGCCUGCCGCCUUAGUGGGGCUUGCCGUACUUGGUUCUGCUGUACUGCCGUACGGCGUUCAAGCCCUCGUACAAUACCUGCGACCACGCAAAUGCAAGCGCUGCUACGGCGCCGGCUACCUGCCCUGCUCCGUCUGCCACGGUCGCGGCAAGGUGGG